UUACUCGACACACGCUUCGAAGCGUAGGAACAGACGUAACUAACUGGGUGAUUUUUAAUUACCGAAGGACGAGGAUUCGAAGGUGUUUCUGCCACUAUGUGGGGCUUUUGUGCGAGAACUACGGUAAAGAUGGGGACCAUGAAGCACUGUGGCUUACUCAACCCGUGUCACCUGAAGAAGCCCGUGUCACUGACUCGGGUCACUGGCAGGUUUCUAACCCACCAGAAGGGACUGCCCACUCUGCCCGUGCCUCCUCUGCAGCAGACCUGUGAACGCUACCUCAGUGCUCUGGAACCCAUCGUUGAGGAGGAUGAGCUGAUGCACACCAAAGAGCUGUUGGGAGACUUCCAGAAGUCAGGGGGAGUAGGAGAGAGACUGCAGAGGGCCUUGGAGAGGAGAGCACAGAACCAUGAGAACUGGUUAUCAGACUGGUGGGUGCUCACAGCCUAUCUGGACUACCGCAUGCCCGUGGUGAUUCAUUCAAGCCCUGGUUUGGUUUUGCCCCAUAUGAACUUCAGUGAUAAAUGGGGUCAAAUGAGGUUUGCUGCACAGCUCAUAGCAGGCGUGUUGGACUUUAAGAUCAUGAUUGACAAUGAGACGCUACCAAUUGAGUACUUGGGAGAAAAGCCUCUAUGUAUGGAUCAGUACUACAAAGUGCUUUCAUCCUGUCGAAUCCCUGGCCUGAAACGAGAUUCAGUGAUCAACAAUGCCAAGAGCUCCAGACCACCCAAGCACAUCACUGUUGUCCACAACUUUCAGUUCUUUGUGCUGGACGUGUACAACAGCAAUGGUUCUCCACUGACCGCUGAUCAGCUCUACGUUCAGCUGAAGAGGAUCUGCAGCACCUCCCAGGAGGCCAGCGAGGAGGCUGUCGGCAUCCUCACCACGCUGCCGCGCGAUUCCUGGGGAAGGACCUACAUCAACCUAACCAAGGAUACGACCAACAAAGAGUCGGUGCAAGCAAUCCAGACAAGCAUUUUCAUCGUGUGUCUGGACGGAGCAAUGCCUCAAGAGCCUGGUGUCACCAGCCGAAGCUCUGCUGCCAUCCAGAUGCUGCAUGGAGGAGGCAGCCAGUGGAACAGCGCCAACCGCUGGUUUGACAAGACCCUGCAGUUUAUUAUUGGAGAAGAUGGGACAUGUGGUGCCAACUACGAGCACGCCCCUGCUGAAGGCCCGCCCAUUGUGGCCUUGAUUGAUCACGUUGUUGAAUACACCAGGAAGAAUCCAGACUCUGGGCAAACUCCCAUGGUGCCUUUGCCUAUACCCAAGAAACUAUGCUUCAACAUCACACCUGAGAUCAAAAAAGACAUUGAAGAAGCCAAGGAGCGCAUGAAUGAACUGGUGCAAGAUCUGGAUAUGAGAGUUAUACUGUUUGACCAUUUUGGGAAAAACUUUCCCAAGAGCCACAAGAUGAGCCCUGAUGCCUUCAUACAGAUGGCACUGCAGUUGGCUUAUUACAGGAUGUACCAGCACUGCUGCGCCACCUAUGAAAGUGCCUCCCUGCGAAUGUUCAGACUGGGCCGUACCGAUACAAUCCGCUCAGCUUCAAGUGCCUCAGCUGCUUUUGUCAAGGCCUUCGACGACCCCACAAAACAGAACACAGAGAAGGUUUCUUUAAUGGAGAAGGCUGUAACGGCCCACCGCUCAUAUACAAACAUGGCAGUGGGUGGCCAGGCCAUCGACAGACACCUCUUUGGUCUUAAGAUGCAGGCCGCUGAGGACCGAAUCCCUUUGCCUGAUGUCUACACAGACACGUCUUUCUCCAAAGCCUUCCACUUCAGACUCUCCACCAGUCAGGUGCCCUCCAAGACGGACUGUGUCAUGUGCUUUGGCCCGGUUGUCCCCGACGGAUACGGUGUGUGCUACAAUCCCAUGAACAAUCACAUCAACUUUGCAGUGUCGGCUUUCAAGGCCUGUAAAGAAACUGAUGCUUCUCAGCUGGCAAACGCCAUCAAAGAUGCGCUGCUGGACAUGAAGACGCUGCUGAUUCAGUCACCAAGAGCCAAACUGUGAAAGUACUCCAGGUCUGACGAGGACGCGCUCCAGUUAAUUUUAGUGUUAACUGUAGAUGGGGCUGAACAAUCAGAUAGUGCAGCUGGUUGUUGGUGAGUUUUUAAACCAGAGCAACAAAAGUCAAUUAGUAAGCUUUGAUAGUUUUUUUUUUCUACAGAGAAAUUUGCCAGUUUAGUCGCAGAUAUUCAAACUUCUUAAAAGUAAUCAUGACAAUCAAUGCAAGUUUUUUUUUUAAUUGAUAAACUAUAAAUGUGCUCUUGAGAAAGUGACUUAUUAAAGUUGAUUAUUAGCAGAUUUGCACUUGAGCUGCAUGAAGUAGCACUUAGCUCCCCAGCACUGGAAGAACGACUGGGGAACAAUACAGAUAUCAACCUUUAAAUCAUCUUUAAUCUUCACAAAUGUUCAUCUGGAAGAGUCAGAAUACUGCAGCUAACUCUUAUUUGCACUUUGAAUUAUUCUGUAAAUGAUAUCAUGCCAAUGUUUACAUGAGACAAAAUCACAACAUUGUUCAUUUUGUUUCAUUUUGAUUCAAAAAUCUCUGCAGUGUCUCUUCACACUGAAAACAUUUGAAUGACAAUAUGCAGAUAAUUUGCAUUUUUCUGUUUUUUUGGAACAUUGUUUAAGACAUUUAUUACAUUUAUGUAUCUUGAUUUAAAAACUAUUUGAAUUUGUGGUUUCCAAAAUUUUUUAAUUCUAAAAUAAAACCACAAAGCAAUA